UUAUGAAGCCACCAAAAAAAAAAAAGUAGCUAGAUUUGUUGGUUAUGUUCACCUUGAACCGUUGAAGCUCUUCUUUUGCCUUGCAACAAUUCCAAGUCACCUCUGCCACUGAUCACAAUUCACAAACCCAACAAUGGUUUUUUCUGCUGUGUUCACUCCCGCUCUCAACCUUGCCAUUUCAUCCACCACAUACUGUUGUAGAAGAAGAAGAACAUCAUCAACCACAAGAAGAGUUGUUACAGUGAAAGCUAACUCAACAAAGAAAGAUGAAUCCAAGGACAAAGAUGCUCCAGCGUUCAACCCUUUUGGAUUUGUCACUGACAACCCUUCUAGCCGCAGUGCUAUUCAACUGCCUGAAAACCCUGCUGAAGAUGGCAACGUUGGACAAAUGCUAUAUAGGAUAGAAGACAAGGGCAAGGAAUAUGGGUCAUAUGUUAAAUCUGGCAAGCUAAGAUGGUUUGUAAGAGAAACUGGAUCAGCAAAUGGCAGAAGAGGAACAAUUAUCUUCCUUCAUGGGGCCCCUACACAAUCUUUUAGCUACCGAGUUGUCAUGUCUCAGUUGUCGGAUGCAGGGUUCCACUGCUUUGCACCUGACUGGAUAGGAUUUGGUUUCAGUGACAAACCACAGCCAGGAUAUGGUUUUAAUUACACAGAAAAGGAGUUCCAUGAUGCAUUGGAUAAGCUGCUUGAGGUGCUGGGGGUCAAAUCUCCCUUUUUCCUAGUUGUUCAGGGAUUUCUUGUAGGUUCAUAUGGAUUAACUUGGGCACUGAAGAACUCGAGCAAGAUAUCAAAGCUAGCAAUACUAAACAGUCCCUUAACAGAUUCGUCUCCCAUUCCUGGACUUUUUCAGAAGCUAAGAAUUCCUCUAUAUGGUGAAUUUACCAGCCAGAAUGCUAUUAUUGCUGAGCGGUUUAUUGAAGGAGGUAGCCCUUACGUUCUGAAAAAUGAAAAGGCUGACGUGUACCGGCUACCUUAUUUGGCAAGCAGUGGACCUGGAUUUGCUCUACUUGAAGCUGCAAGAAAAGCUAACUUCAAAGGUACUUUCAGUGAAAUAGCAGCAGGAUUUGCAACUGACAGAUGGGAUAAACCAAUACUACUUGCUUGGGGAUUAUCAGACAAGUACUUGCCCCAGUCUGUAGCAGAGCAGUUUCAGAAAGGAAAUCCAGCACAAAUCCAGCUUAAAUUGAUUGAAGGAGCUGGUCAUAUGCCACAAGAGGACUGGCCUGAGAAAGUUGUUGAUACUUUCAGAGUGUUCUUCUUCUGAUUUCAACAGCUAACUGACCCUGCAGGCAUCAAAGUGCUUAUUUGAUUGGAAGGGCAUUCUUGAGUUUUUCCUUAAUUAAAUUGUAAAUUUAGUGUGCCUUAAUUUUAUUUUUCUUUUAAUGCUGGCCAACAAAUAAAGUUAUAGCUUUCUUGAAAUUAAGUUGUCCUCCAUUUCCAAAUGGAAAAUUAAAUAAGCCGUUAGAGAACUUUAGUAGAAAUAACCACUAAUGUUGUCUUUUAUUCCUUUAAAAAAAUAAAAAAAAAUGUAGAGACAAACACAAGUUUUGAAAAAUUGUGGAGGAUGCCACUCUUCUUUUUAUUUCA